AUGGCCGGGUCCGUCCGCUGCCCCCCCACAGCACGGGGCGCUGUAUCCGGAGCGCUGCGGAGGUUGGGGGAAUGGUUCUAUGAGGUGGAGACGCUGAUGGGGUGGGCGGAGCGAAGGAGGGUCCGAGAGACUGGCAGGAUGAACGCGCACUACAGCUUCAUCCAGACCCUUCAGGGUGAGAAUCGUUGCAGCCGCGCCUUCUUCACCAUGUCAUGCGGAGGGAGGGUGAGGUUUGAAGGCCAGGAGCGCUGGCUGUGCGCGGACCGCAGGGGGCGCUGGAGCCCCGAAGUGCUGCAGUUCGAGCACACCCCGGUGGUCGCUGUGGAUCUCAGAGGAUCCCAGCUCACAUAUGACGGGUUGGACAACCUCGGUGAGACCCCUCCCCACUUUAGGGCUGGGGGUCUCACUGUCACACAGCAAUGGGGCUGGGGGUCUCAAUGUCACCCCCUUAAUAUGGGGAUAGGGAUGGGGGUCUCACUGCCACCCCCUGAGCACAGGGAUGGGGCUGGGGGUCUCAGUGUCACCCCACUGAGGGCAGGGAUAUGGAUGGGCCCCCCCACAGUGGGGGGGGCUGUUAAAUGUGUCCCCCCCCCCCCCAGGAAGCUGCAGUAUCUGGAUGUUGGGGGGCUGUCGGUGCCCAGCCCGGGGCUGCUGAGGAUUCUGCUGGAGGAGAUGCUGCCCCACUGCCAGGUGGUGGGCAUGGACAUGGGGGACGUGGGGGACAUGGGGGAGGGGGACCCCACAGAGACCCCCCCACGUGACAGUGCUGUGAUGGGGGGGGGGGUUGAGGUGGCAUUAAAUGCAUUGAGGUCACUGUGCUGUGUCUGAGGGUUGGUUUGGGUU